CCAAAUCCCAUUCAAGUCUCCUUCUCCACCUCCUAGCUGCCGGCUGGGUUGGUCACGUACGUCCAAUGCAUAAGCAAUUUCAUCUGAAUUGAACGUACGUUAAUAUUUGUAACUUUUGGGCGAGGCACCCAACCCAUCCGCAAUUGAAACACGCCCCUCACACACAGUGAUCGGGCUAGCGCGCUGGGCGGCUCGAUCCUGAUCUAGUCGUACGUUGCAAUAGCCUACCAAAAAAAUAACCAGCAGCGCGCAUCACCCAACACUAAACCUAAUUACGUACGACAAAAGAAUUAGAAGAAACAUGCAGCCUGAGCAACGGUUACGAAGAAUGUCAUCGUCCUCAUCGUCCCCAUCAUUGUGCGAGUCAGAAGAGGGGGAGCGCCGGUGCAUGCCAUUGACGCCGUCGCCUUGGAAGAGCCACAAGCGCUUGUCGAAGCAACUUUCCAUGUGCGAAACCUCGCGCGACAAAGAAUGGGAGAGACGUCGUCGCCAGUUUCUUAGUCAAGAGCGAAAAAAGAAUGGUAUUAAUGAUUAUGAUGACCUCACUGAUGAGGACUUGCACGAGCUCAAAGGAUGCAUAGAGCUUGGGUUUGGGUUCAACGAGGAAGAUGGUCAGAAACUAUGCAAUACUUUGCCCGCCCUCGACCUCUACUUUGCGGUGAAUCGACAACUGUCAAUGAGUUCAGUCUCAACGCCACGGAGCCGUGAACCAUCAUCACCGGUGGCUAGCAGAUCGUCGACUUCCGACAGUCCAAGGAGUGACUCGGAUUCAUGGAAGAUCUGCAGUCCAGGGGAUGAUCCUCAACAGGUUAAGACCAAGUUGAGGCAUUGGGCUCAAGCCGUUGCUUGUUCUGUAAUGCAGUCUUCUUGAAAGUGUUGGAUGGUCUUGUACAGCACAUACUUCUAGAAGGAGACAAAAAUAAAACAUCAAAGGUUAAGAGAGAGAGAGCGAGAGGGAGGAUGGUUAAUUAGGCUUAUAGGUUCUUAUUGGUGACUAAUACUAUCAAACGAAGGGAUGGAGAGCUUAA